UGCACAGUGACUUUAUAUCCAAACGGGACCCCACCAAGAAUGGAGGGAGUGGAUAGACCAAGUAACUCAACUGGCCCAUGCAGUUGGGCUUGAGAUUCACUGAAGGAUUUUUGCAGAGAUUUUUUUUAAAUGAAGAAUUCUGAAGGAAGAGAGGAAAAAGAAGAGAUGGGAAGAGGUCAUCGCGGAUAGCGGAUUUUCUUUUGGAUUUCUCCCGCCUGCUGAGAUCCGGAGCCGCUGGAGGAGAGGGGUGCAGGGACUGACAUUAGCCCGGGCUGGUUUGGAGCCCCCUCCCUGAGGAAGGGGAGGCGGAGGGGGGGUGGUAUUCUCAGGGUGAUCAGCGGCGCUGGGGCAGCCGGUUCCCCGGGGCCAUGGGAGCGCAGCGGGGCUUACAAGCAGCCGCUGCCCGCCUCCCCACGGGCGACACUGCCGCCUGAGCAUGGAGUCCCCGCCGCUUCUCCCCGGCAACCUGUCGCUCGGAGCUGCCGGCACUGCCCAGAGCCGCUGGCCGGCCCCCAGCGCGUCCCCUCCCGGCUCCGGAUCGCCGUCCGUCCCGGUCAAGAUCCUCCUGGAAACCAUCAUGGUCCUGAUGUGCCUGGCGGCUAUUGCAGGUAACAUUCUGGUGAUCGCCAUUAUUGUUGUGACUAAACAUUUCCACUCAGUGACCUCGGUAUUUCUGGUCAACCUGGCUGUUAGCGACUGUCUGGUGGGACUGGGAGUCAUGCCCUUCGUUGUCCUGUCGGUGUUUUACCAGGACUGGAACAAAUACAAUGAUCUAUGCCUCUAUGUGGGUUACACCUCCUCGGUUUACUGCACAGCCUCAGUGCUGACACUGGCAGCCAUUGCCCUGGACCGAUACCAUGCCAUCAUCGACUGCCUGCAGUAUAACUCCCAGAGCACCGUGCGUCGGACAGUUGCCACCGUGGUGUGGAUCUGGCUGCAAUCAGCCCUCAGCAGCUGCCCCCCGUUGCUUGGCUGGGGCCGUUUUGGCUAUUUGCCGGCCGGUUACAGCUGCUCGGUGGAGUGGGCCGACAGCCUGACCUACACAGGCUUUGUGGCCGUCUUCUCCUUCUUGCUGCCCGCCUCGGUUAUGGUCUUCUGCUACGCCCGGAUCGUCAAGGUGGCGCGGGGACAUGCAAAGCGGAUCCAUGACAUCGAGAGCCAGCUUCAUCGCCAUGGCAACCCUGGGCAGCAGCCCGGCGACAGGCCCACGUUUUCCCAACUGAUCUGCAGUGUCGACUCGCGGGGCUGCGAGGAGGCCCAGGCCCAGACUCAGGUCGAGGCCCACGCACAGGCCAAGGCUCGGGCAGGGGGCCUGGGCAAGAGACCCGACAUCUUCUCCCGGUGCGGCUCUCCAGGCCGGGAGCACCACGGUGCUUUCCGCCUCUUCCUGGUGAUCUUUGCCUUCUUCUGCUGCUGGGUGCCGUACGAGAUUGUGGGCCUAGUACGGGCUGUGGAGGCAGCGGCACUGAGAGCAGGCAAGGCCCGAGCCCCCUCCCCCUCCCGCAUUCCACCUGCUGUGGUGACGGCCGUGCACUGGCUGGCUCUCCUGAACUCGGACAUUAACCCGCUGCUGUACGCCUUGCUGAGCCGGCGUUUCCGUAAGGCCCUGCGCUAUUGGCAACGUAGGCUGGAGGCCAAGGUGUGGCUGAGAGGCCCGAGACCCCGGCAGGAGGAGGGGGCCAAGGCCGCUGGAGGAGGAGGAGGAAGAGGAGCUGCCGUCUCCCUCUUCCAGCCCAACCCGGGCACUGAGCAGAAGAGGACCAACUCCAAUGCCACUGCCAUCACCCAGCUCAGCCCCCAACGUCGGCUGCACACCCGGUCCUUGUCUGUCUUUUCCGUCAGCUCCUUCCCUCAGGAUCGCUCGCCCUUCGACGCCUCAGCUGACUCUCCGCUAUUUCUCCCGCCCGAACGGACAUUGGAAGAGCCUGGAGGACGGCGGAGCGAGAUUCCUGGUACCCGCUAUUUAAAUGUUCCCCAGCACGUGCCGCCAGAAACGGACACCAUGCUGCUGGCCUCUCCACCCCUCAGUGAGAAACCCAUGUCCACCUUCAUAUUUGGAAAGAUCACAGUGAAGGUGGAGAACAACACCAUUGUCGAGUUGUAGAUGCUGGAACAUUGCCCACCUGUACCUGAACCUUUGUAUUUGCCUCUUGGGGAGGCUUCCCUCCUGCCCUCAAAGGACAUGCCAAAGUGAAUGAAUGAACUUUCGGAGGGUUGGGUAUUGUAUUCAGUCACUGGUUAUACAGGCAGACACGUGCCCUUCACUGUUGGUACAGGCAGAUAUGUGCCCCUCGCUGGUGGGACAGGCACACGUGUCCUCUCGCUGUUGGUACAGGCAGACACAUGCCCCUUUCUAUUGAUCCAGGCAGACACAAGCCCUUCACUGUUGGUACAGGCAGACACGCCUUCACGGUUGGUACAGGCAGAUACGUGCCCCUCUCUGUUGAUGCAGGCAGACACAUACCCUUCACAGUUGGGACAGGCAGACACGUGUCCUCUCACUGCUGGUACAGGCAGACACGUGUCCUCUCACUGCUGGUACAGGCAGACACAUGCCCUUGCUACUAGAUGCAGUUGACAUUCCAUAGCCGUAAGCAAAGUGGGCCAUGCAGCACCUGUCUUACACAGGGCCCUAGAGCCCAAAAGAUAGAAGCGGGAUUAAAGACACAGAACCAUGAAGAAAGGGCAUUACCCUACAUAAACUUGACACACAGGAAAUGACCAAUUGCUCCAUCCACCCCACUCGCUGUCAUGUGAUCUACCCUGGGAGAGGUAAACAGACAGAAAACCAAACCACAGUUAGGGUUUCAGAAAAUUACAUUUGCUAUCAAUUCUUAUUGAAUUCAGCUAAGAUCUCAGAGCAGGUGUUAAACCAUCUUUAGUAAACCAGUUCAGAUUUGGUCUGUGCUGAUUGCUGCAGGUUUAAACUGACUGUGCAACACCUCAAUCGCCCACAGUCACACACUGACUGGCUUCCUCCAUGCUCUAUAGAUACACAUAGCAAGAGAACAUCAACCUGAUGCCAUUUUACAUUGAACAUCUUCUGCGCAUUAGCAUUUGCAGAUGGUUCGAGAUGAUGCAACUCUGCCCUUAGUUUAUCAUACUUGGCUCCAAAAAGAAACCCUACUUUCUGUCUCGCUAAUCAUCCAAUUUUCAUCUUGGUAGAAGCAAAAUACUGCAGAUGCUGGCGAUCUGAAAUAAAAUCAGAAAAUGCUGGAGAAUCUCAGCAGGUCUGGCAGCAUCUAUGGAGAGGGAAGCUUCAGAUUGUCAAUGCCCUGUGCUUAGUGUAACCUCCAGCCCUCCACCCACAGUGACGUUAUCUGCAAAAGGCAAACAAACAGAAACACAAUAAAGGAAUAAAUAAUUUGAAUAGUUGAAUUUAUCUUCAUCACUCUUUAUUGAAUUCUGUCAAGACCUCAUAGCUGAAAAGGCAAAUGUGCUAAUCAUUCUUCAGAAGAUGAGUCACAUUGGAUUCAAAAUGUGUUAAUCUGUUUCACGUCUCCACAGAUACUGCCAGACCAGCUGGGUUUCUCCUGUAUUUUCUGAUUUUAUUGACAAUUUUCAUAUUUUGUUUAAUGGGCUACAAAAGAAUGAAAAUGUUCUUACAUUACUAAAGGUUAGAUAUCAAAGCAUGGAUGUUGCAACCAGCUCCAUGUUUCAGUUCAACAGGAUACUGCUUGACUGUGCCAAAGAGCAAGAUUUGAACUCAGAUAAAAUCCAUUCCCUGACGCACAGUUAAAAUUGGGCACAAAGAGUUCUGUGCACCCAAAGUCACUUUGUAUUGUUGUUUGUAGGAUUCCUUUGUUAGCUGGUAAAUUAGUGUGUUUCAGGUAAGAUAAGUAAGUGGUUCAAGUUUUGUGAUGACUGUUUGGAACCUGCAGUAUAAUAACUGAUGUUCAUUGAUUUUUAUUGUGGGCUGAAUGGCCUGCUCAUGUUUCAAUGUACAAAAUUAAUGGUCAAAGGCUAAUGAGUUAAUUCAUCAAUUAAAUGGUAUUUCUCCGCUAAUAUAACAGUAUUGUUAACUUGAUGACUUUAAAUGGGUCAAUGCCUCUGUUAAAGAAGUGAAUAAUGCCAUUCAAUUAAUACCCACUCUACCUCUACACCAACUUUCCCAACCUCACUUUUGUUUCUGUGCUCUUGAACUGUUUGACACACAGUCUUAGAUUAACUAUAAUUCUCUCCAAUCAAACAUUGGCAAGACUAAAAUCAUUGUCACCACUCCCCCUGCCCCACUCCAAUGACCAGCUCUGUACCUUCACCAUUGACUUCACAGUCCUGUUCCAGACUGAAUCUGACUGUUCAAAAUGGCAUUGUUCUCCAGCUGAAUUUCCAAACCAUAUUCUUAGUGUAAUAGAAACCAUCUUACCUCCACCUCUGUAUCAUUUCUUCCCUGACACCAUCUGCUGCUUAAACCUUUAUCAGUUUAUUGUUGCCUCCACACUCAAUUAAUCCCAUGUUGACCUGACUGGCCUCCCACCCUCCACUCUCCAUAAACUUUAGCUCAUUCUUGACUCUGCUUCUGGUGAGUCAUCUCACAUCGAGCCACACACCCAUCAGAAUUCGGCUUAAGCAUGACCUACAUGAUGACCAUCUUCUUCCACAUCCUUAUCCUAAGCCCCCACACUCCAGGCCUUGUCAUCACAUGGGCUACUACAACACACCUGUCAACCCAUUGUCAGCCACAAAUGGUUCCAAUUAGCAGCUAUUAAGGCUGACUUUAACCCAGCCCUUUGCCUGUCCAACUGUGUUUCUCUCUCCUUGGGCUCUAUCUCUACCUAUCAUUUACUACCCGCGCCCCGCUCACUCCGCCCUAUCUCUUGCAUAAAUACCAACCUUUUCCUAGCCACCAUCGGUUAUGAAGAUGGGUCACUGGACCCCAAAACAUUAACUCUGCUUUCUCUCCACAGAUGC